AUGGCGGCCGGAGCRACUUCUUCGACUUCCGAUAAAUGGCAGCUAAAAGCUACGACAGUUCGUGAACGAAACGAGCUAAUGUUUAAUAACGAGUUGCUAAGUGAUGUGCACUUUAUGGUGGGGCCUACAAAGGAGCGUGUUCCUGCUCACAAGUACGUGCUCGCCAUUAGUAGCCCAGUGUUUCUUGCUAUGUUCUACGGUAGGCUGGCCGAGACUACCAAAGAAAUUGUUAUCUCCGACACCGAUGUGGAUUCAUUUGUGGAGCUCCUUCGAUUUCUCUACACAGAUAAAGUAUUCUUGACUUUAGAUAAUGCACUUGGUGUCCUGUAUCUUGCUAAGAAGUAUUUAUUGCCAGUCUUGGCUGAGAAAUGCACAACGUUUGUCRAGAAGAACCUUAAUCCAGAAAAUGUCCUCACAGUCUUAAGUCAUUCACAGUAUCUAAGUGAAAAGACUCUWGAAGAUCAAUGCUGGGAAGUAAUUGACAGUAGUACAGCUCAAGUUUUAGAUACGGAAWCUUUUAAUGAUUUAGAUUUAGACACGCUUAUCGCCUUGGUUCAGAGGAAUUCCCUCAACAUCAAGGAAGUAGCUCUUUUCCGCGCCGUAAAACAGUGGGGGGAGGUAGAAUGUGUCCGACAGAAACUCGAUCAAUCUGUAGUGAAUAUUCGUACCGUYGCUUCAAAAGCGUUCAAGUACAUUCGAUAUCCCGUGAUGUCUCAURUMGAGUUUGCUGACGAGGUAGCCAAGACCGGUUUACUCUCUUUGGACGAAGUCACCACCGUAUUUUUGUACUUUUUGUCAAGUAUCAAUUCAACUGUCCCAUUUGAAAGCAUUCCCCGUCAACCUAAACUUUCACAAGCAAAAUCCUUUUAUAGRUGUUCUAGAUUUAAAAGCUGUUGYGGAAAUGACUGGUUCUGUGAUACAAGAAAGAGUGACGGCAUCAAGUUCAUGACGGACAAAAGUAUCUAUAUGAGAGGAAUUGGUGUGUAUGGUCCAAGCAAAGUCGAGGGAGACUACAAAGUUAAUGUAGAAGUUCUUGUACAUGACAAGGUUUUGGCACAAAAUAAGGUUUCCUAUUCAGCAAGCACUCACAAUACAAUUCAAGACAUUCUCUUUGAAGAGAGUAUUACUCUCCUUAAAAGUGUUAUUUACACUAUAAAUGUACAGAUAAAAGGUCCAUGUUCUUUGAGUGGAACUGACGGUCAAAGAACUGUAAUGGUGGAUGGUGUAAAGUUCAGUUUUUUGGARUAUACAAGCCCAAAUGGCACUUCAUUAUCUGCAGGGCAAAUACCAGAAAUUAUUUUCCAUCAAUGAAGACUAUUAAACUAAUCUUUUAAAAAAAUCAUUAUUAAUUGAAUUUUAUAAGGUUUUGAAAUUACAAUUCACUUCGAUAUAUUUAUAUUUAAUUAGAUAUUUUACACCAAGAAUAUUUCAAUUUUAUUAAGCUUAUAAUUCACUAGUACUUCAAUUUGUAAUGUUUAAUUGUUAAUGUUAAUAUUUAUAUACAACCUGUAAUGACUUGACUCUAUUUAUGAAUACAAACAUUCAAAACAAACUGGUUCAUGGUUGAUCAUUAUUCGUUUUACUACAAUCACUUGCUGUCAGGGUCAGAUUCAGUUUUAAAAAUUUUUAUUUUUUGAUUUUUAAUGUAUAUAAAAUCAAAACCUGUUUUGCACCGUUAUACUUAAUGAUGUCGUCUUUUCAAGGGCGCUAGAACUGAAAUUAUGACCUAUAAGCCCCAGGGGGGGACUCCCUAAUAUCAAAGAGCGGGGGUCCUCGACGUCCCUUUUAGGGUUGGAAAUCAGUAUUUUGG